CUCACACAGCGCUGUCUAAGGGCAGGCAGAAGUAAUCAAUCCAGCCGAGCCCAGAGAGAGUCGAUCCUCCUCAGGACUGACGCGGCUCUGGAGUAAAGACCCGAACCAGGACCUGAACCAGAACCAGGACCUGGACCAGCAUCAUGGUGUUAGAAUCCCUGGUCUCAGACCUGCUCAACAGGUUCAUCGGAGACUAUGUGGAGAACCUGAACAAGUCCCAGCUGAAGAUCGGGAUCUGGGGAGGUAACGUGGUUCUGGAGAACCUCAGGGUUAAGGAGAACGCGCUGAGUGAGUUCGAUGUUCCAUUCAGAGUGAAGGCCGGACAGAUCG